AAUUAGCUAGCAACAGCAGGCUAGCUAAAUAUGACAAAUUAGCUAGCAAGUGCAAGCUAGCUUUUUGACCUGUCCCCAAAUUAAUAUAAUUGGUUCAGAGUUUGUUUUGAUAUUUCAACCUGCUUGUCGUGAACGCAUUUGGUAUUGGGGGGACAAAAUACAUUUAUUUAUGAUGGCGCACGUGUGCAGCCGAUUUUGGUUCCGUGAAUUAGCCAAUGUGUAUUGUUGUCACGUAAGAGGUCAAGGGAUGUUUCUGGCACCGUUUUAUAUAAACAGAAGUUCGCCAGAGAGAAAUCCCCAUACUUUACAUUCGCGCUUGCUGUUUGUACAUAUCAUGCUUGCCGUUUGUACAUUUUAUAGACGAUGGCAAACGAGAGUUCAUUGACCUGGUCCAUUGCGGAAACAAAGCUUCUGAUAUCCAUUUGGUCGCAAAAUCAGAUUCUAGCGAGGUUGAAAGCGUGGUACAGAAAAAGAGAUCUAUAUUGAGAAUGUCCACGGGGUUGCUCGAACAUGGCCUCCAUUGUUCGGAAGUAGUGCCAGACAAAAAUCUGAGACAUUAAAUAUACAUAACACAAGACGAAAGACAAUAAUGGACUGCGUGAUAGUGGCCGGGAGACCUGUCCAUUCUACAGGGAACUGGACGAAUUCCUUGGCACAUGACCUGCCUCCAUGCCUCGCCAUAUUAUUGAGUCCAGGGUGACUGAAGCAGAAGAGCAAGAAUAUGGCAAGUACUUUUUUUGGCUUUGUGUUCUUGUAGCCAACAAAAUAAGUCUGGACACUAUCCUAAUGUAUUAGCCAGCCAGCCAACUACCUAUAAGUUAUAUGAAUCUAAAUGAUCACUACUUCAUGUUAUUUUCUGCUAGCUGCCUGCUAACAAAGCUCACGUUUUAUAACGUAAGUGAUUGUUGCUUAGCCUGUUCGUAAACUUUUCUUUUCACUCUCACCCAAAUGAUUGCAAUGACUAGGAACUAGUUAGCUAUUUCACAACUACUUUAUGUUGUUGACUGCUAGCUGCUUGCUAACAAAAGUCACUGUUCAUAGCGAAUGUAUUUUGUUUGGUAACUUUGCUUAUUACUUGCUCUCCCACAGACUGAUGAAGGGCCAAGCAGCAACCCUGGGCCCAGCAGCAGUUGCAACACUCAACCUGGCUGCAGUUCCAACUGAGCGGUCUGUGUACCUCCCAAGUCCAGACAACUCAUCUCUUGGCUCGAGGAACCCUCCUCGAGCCACCAAAAAACCUCUUGCACGUGUUGAGACCACACGUAGGAGGGCCUAUGGCCUGGUGGCCCAGGCAUACACCUCCAUCACGGCAGAAGACUUUGCCGCCUUUGUGGGCUACUCUGUGGAGGAAGCCGUGAAGGGGGUGGUGAGCCAGGGCUGGCAGGCAGAUCCUGCCACCAGGAUGGUAAUGCCCCAGAAACCAGAUCCUCCCCCUGUCUCGCUGGUUCCAAACGAGCAGCAACUGGCCAGACUCACUGACUACGUGGCUUUCCUUGAGAACUGAUCAAUUCCCUUCAGCCCCGUUUGUCUGCCGUGAGGAGGACUCCAGAACGCCCCUCUUCCAGAGCUUAGAUGGACACACGCACCAUACACACACGCACCAUAUACACACACACACACACAGACACGCAUGCAGGACCUCAAGCUCACCCCCCUUGUGCAUGAUUGUGGUCAUGUCUCUGGGAGCGAGACACCAUGUUUUCAGAAAGAUGGGCCUCAGACUUACGAUUCAGUUCGUACGCCCACUAACUCUGUUGUUGGGCAAUCCUUAGUAAAUGACUGCGACUUUACUGCGUCUUUACGAAGUGGCAGUCUCAAUGAUUGUAGUAGUUAAUUUAAUGUCAUUUCUGUAAGAAAAAUAAUACUAUUUUCAUGCGCACGUUGGAAGAAUUUGAUUGUCCGCAGCCGCCCAAUUAUGUGAGAAGUCCCGCAUCAGACUCUAACCCGCAAAUAGGCCGAAAAUUGGACAGGGUGCAAGAUUUAUUUUUUUACUAAUAAUUUCCAACAUUUUGGUAGGCUAUUUGUUCAUCAACUUUUCUAUAAUUAUAUGCAUGCAGCUUCUCUUCUGUCAUUACUGCCCUAGAAGACUAAAUAAACCCUUGUUCACCAGAAUGUCGUAAAUCGGUGAACGCUUCAAUCUUGUUGACUUCUGUAAAGUUUUCUCUUUCAUCUCUGCUUCUCUCCUGCAGGAGAGGUUUAGGGACCGGAGGGGUAAAUGCAAUAAAACAUUUUUUAAAGAUUUUCUGUG